AUGGAGUCUUUGCUGGCCAUCUUGGAGUCCAUAUGUCAAUACUCAAUUGCUCAAAUCACUCAACUCUUUGCUGUCCAUCUUGGAGUCCUACAACUUGCUGCUGUUUCUGUAGAAAACUUUAUUAUUGCUAGACUCUGUUAUGGUGCUUUGGUAAUCUAUUACUUCCUCCGUCUAGGACUUGCUGCUGUUUCUGUAGAAAACUCUAUUAUUGCUGGACUCUGUUAUGGUGCUUUGUUAGGAAUGGGAAGUGCUUUAGAAACACUUUGUGGACAAGCAUAUGGAGCUAAACAAGUAGACAUGUUAGGUGUUUAUUUGCAAAGGUCCUUGAUAAUACUCAACACAACAGUAUUGGCCUUAGUAUUUUUCUACUUAUUUGCCAAUCAAAUUCUGGUACUCCUUGGCCAGCCUAUGGACAUAGCAAAAUGGGCAAGUAAAUUUUCUCUUUGGAUGAUUCGUCAACUAUUUGCCUAUGCUGUGAACUUCCCUAUUCAAAAAUUCCUUCAAGCCCAAAGCAAGAUGAUGGUUAUGGUCAUUAUAGCCACAGUCGCGCUAGUUGACCAUACCCUUUUGAGCUGGUUUUUCAUGAUGAAAAUGGAUCUGGGGCUAGUGGCUGGAGCUGUAGUGCUAAAUGUCUCAUGGUGGUUCAUGGCACUUGCUCAAUUUGUUUACAUUUUGUGUGGGACUUGUGGUGAAGCUUGGUCUGGAUUUACUUCCAAGGCAUUUGAAAAUAUUUGGGGAUUUGUUAGGUUGUCACUUGCGUCUGGUGUAAUGAUAUGCUUAGAGUAUUGGUACUUCAUGGCUUUGAUUCUCUCCGCUGGAUACGUAAAGGACGCAAAAAUUGUUGUUGACGCAGUCUCCAUAUGCACCAGCUUACUUGGGUGGAUGUUCAUGUUGUGCAUUGGUUUUAAUGCAGCAAAAAGUGUUAGGGUGUCAAAUGAACUAGGAGCUGGGCACCCCAGAGCAGCAAAAUUUUCAGUCCUAGUGGUGUCAAACUGUCAAUUACUUCACUUUUACUUGGAGUGA